AGUCGUCCGGUUGGUUGUCUAGUAGUCGUCCACAGCACUUUGUUCCUGGGAAGCAAAAAAUCAAUAGCCCACCCGCGAUGGAUGGAAGGAACAAAUGGAGAUGGAUGCAAACAGAGAAGGAGUGGGGCUUACGUCAAGGGGGGGAGGGGGGAAGUGACAACAAUAACAAGACAGAAAUCUCCCGUUUUCCUUCAGGAUCGACCGGGAAUAGGAUUGUCGAUCAGAAGUACAACAAAACAACAUCAAAUAUGACGAUGGGCCAAAUUUUUCUUUUUUUCUAUUCCGGAUCUAAACGAUGAGCAGUCAAAAAAGGAGGUAGGAGCGAUCCUUAUUGUGUCACACCGUCUGUCAUCUAUCGAUCCAAAAACGGUGGAGAGCCGACGAGUUACUGGGGCCAGCCAGAAGGAGAGAGAGAGAGAUGGGAGAAUAGAUGCUGGGUCGGUUCUACUGCAGUCCGCCUCUUUCUUCUCUCCUCCCACCCAAUUGCGGAAGGAAAAACAGCCGCAAAACGGGCGACACAUUGGCGCAAACAGAGAAAGACAAUAUUUCCUGUCGACUCUUGUGUUUCGUGCCGGGCCGGCCAUGAAUAAAUUACCAUUCGCCGGCUGAACAUUUUUCUUAUUUUUUAUUUGUGUGUAGUUUUGUGUGUGUGGGUCACCGUCGCUUCAUUCCGCACGGCCGUGCACAACCAUCACCCCUCCUCCUCUGCCUGCGCCCGUUUCUUCUUCCGCCUCCCCUUUUCCUCCCCACCCACCCUUCCUUCUUCUUCUUCUCCUACACACACACACAUCCGCCCCUCUCCUUUUAUUUUCCAAGCAGCGCGUGCACAGUCGAUACGCCGCCGUCGCUAGAGUCAGACGCGUCGUUCCAGUCCCGCCCGCCACCACCACAGUGUCGACGGCAACAACAUCCGCUCGGCGACAAUCCAACAACAACAACAACAAUCGUUCGCCGUGACCUCCCCUUCCAUCGAAUGGAAACACCAACAACAACGUCUCAUUCCGUUUAAGCGUCCCCAUCUGCUCUCACUCGGCCAUCUCGUCUUGUGUUUCAUUCCGACGGCGGCGCCCAAAAACCAAGAAAAGCAAAAAGGAGACGCUCCCAUCGACAACACGAAAACUCCAGCGCCACCCACACAAAAGCGCCAAAGGGGGGACUACCCUUCUACUUUUGAUUAUUGACAAAAGGUCACAGCGUCCAGUCAACGAGUCCGGCAAUAAAAGGGGGAAAAAUAAAAACAGAACGUCCGAGACAAUCAAACAUGUCGGUAGACGUUUCGGAUGAGUCGUCCAUCACGGCCGAGUGGCUCGAGAGCAUUUUACAUCUCUACUACAGCACCAACGGGCGCGAUCUGCUCGACGGGCCCAAGGACGAUGAUGACGUCGACGACGGCCAGGAGCCAGUCAUCCGCAAGGACGAGCCGGCCCAGACGGUCAGCGUCAAGCAGUUCCAGGUGCGGCCCGGAUGCGAGGAAGGAGAGAACUUGCUGAGCGAUUUGCUGGCCAUUGACGUCACUCUCUGCCGGGAUGAAUCCAUGCCGGAAGAGGAGCUCCAUCUGAUGGCCAAGCUCCUGUCGCAGGAUCCCUUCUGUCGCCACUUUAUCCUUGAGGCUGGAUUCGACGUCAGGGAGAUCCAUUUCUACACGACGCUCAUGCCGGCCCUGACUCAAUUCUGCGGCGGCCACGGCGGCGGCGGAGGCCAGCCCUGGCCCGUCCCGUCCUGCUUCUACGCAAAGUACCGACAGGGCAGCGACUCGGUUCUGGUGCUGGACAACAUGAAAGCGUCCGGCUACCAAGUGACGGAAUUCCAUCUGGGACUGUCGCUGGAAGAGGCCACGUCGGCGGUUCAAUCCAUCGCCCUCAUUCACGCUUCCGUCCUGGCCUACCGGCUCCGAUUGGGCGUCGAUCUGGGCCAAGCUUUCCCGUUCCUCUUCCGGCCGGAAGCCGCCGCCGAAUCCUACCAGCAGCUACUGGAGCGAGGCCUGCCGCAGUUGGCCACUUUCCUGCACACGGCCGACCGUCCCGAGCUUCACGCAGUGCUGGCCAAGCUGCACAAGAUGAGGCCCAGGGCUCGGGAGACGAUCGCCAAUCUGCUGAGACCGGCCAGCCCCAUCGCCACGCUGACCCACACCGAUUUCUGGUGCAACAACCUCCUCUUCCGCCACAAGACGGCAGAAGGCGCCACGGCCGACGUCGGCGACGGAGCGGCCGGCGUCGAGUGUUCCAUUCUCGACUGGCAGAUGGCCACCUACAGCCGGCCGACAAACGAUCUAGCCCUGCUGCUCGUCACUUCCGUGGCCGGAGAUGUGCGCCGGACGCGGACCGGCCACAUCCUCGACGCCUACUGGAAUCAAUUCUGCCAGACGGCCGCCUCGUUGGGACUCGACGUCGAGGGACAACUCAAUUACGGGCGACGAGAGCUGGAAACCGAGUACGAACAGUCGCUCCUGUUGGCCGUCCUGCUGGGCAUCGGCUCCGUUGACUUGGCCAUCGGCCACCAGGCGACCGAGGAGCGACUCUGCGAGGUCCUCGUCGACCUCAGCAACGAGAAAGUCUUUUAAAAUGACUGGACAAAAUCUAAAAAAAUUGAAAAGAAAAAUCCAAUUCUGUCGAUCCUUCACAUUCCCACCUUUCCGCUUCCAAUUGUUUCCCCUUUCCUGCGUUCGUUUCUUGUGGCUUUUCCCCUCCUAUCUCUCUUGUGAUGAAAAUUUAUGGAGUUGAAAUAAAAUAAAAAAGUCAAAUAAA